AUGGCUUUAAAUUUACUUUUACAAGAUCCUUUUUCUGUAUUGAAAGAAUACCCAGAGACUCUAACUAAUGUGCUGGAAAGUCCGUUUUAUUCUGUUUGCUUAAAAUUUAGUCCAUGUGGUGAUUAUUUGGCUACUGGAUGUGGAAAUGGGGCAAUCAUUAUUUAUGAUAUGGAUACUUAUAAGCCCAUUAAGAUGUUAGGUAACAAUAACCUGGGAUGUAAUUUAACUGGUCAUGUGUCACCCAUUCAGUCUAUAGAAUGGUCCAAUUGUGGAAGAUAUCUUCUGACAUCAUCAAGAGACUGUACCAUAAAAUUAUGGGACCUAGCUUGUAAUAGUGGCACUAAAUGCAACUGCUGUGAAUAUAGAUUUGAUUCUUUCCCAUGGAAAACAUCGUUUAUACCCAAUUGCGUAGACAAAUGUUUUGUUUGUGUAUUUGAAGAACAUUUGCCCUUUAUACUAGAUUUUGGCGUAAAUAAUAAUAACAAUAAACCGGAAAUUUACCCAAUAAUUGAUACUGAAGAUUUUCUUAAUAAAGAAAAUGAGCAAUUGCUUCUUAUUGACGAUAUAGAGUUGAAAAAAUAUGGAUUUACUUUAAGUUUGUGUACUUGCGAACUACAGCAACAAGGCUCCGCAUCUUCUAAUAUUCUAAUAACAGGUACUUCAAAAGGAUAUAUCACGGUUUUCCAGCAAAUAACAAAUGACUCGUCACAAAAACUGCAUUACAAAAUAACCAAAAUAGAUAAACUAGCAAAUUCAACCAUUAAAAAUAUAAUAGUCUCUCAGUCAAUGAGCAAGAUGUGCAUCAACUCGUCUGAUAGAACAAUAAGACAGUAUGAAAUACUAAUAUCUUCUGAUAGUGCCACUCCUGUCUUUGAGAUAAUAGAAUUGCAGCACAAAUACCAAGACGUUAUUAAUAAAUUGCAAUGGAAUCAUAUAGCGUUGGGGCCAAACACAGGAGAAUACUUGGUUGCUUCUCCUCAUGGGUCUACUGCGCGUGAUCUUUAUCUAUGGGAAACAACCACAGGAUCAUUGGUUCGUGUUUUAGAGGGAGCUGCUGAUGAAGAGUUACUAUGUAUUGAUUGGAACUAUUAUAACAUGUGCAUAGCUAGCAACAGUCUUGAAUCUGGAAAUAUAUAUAUAUGGUCUAUUAUAGUCCCACCAAAGUGGAGUGCAUUGGCGCCUGACUUUGAGGAAAUUGACGAAAACGUUGUAUAUAUUGAGAAAGAAGACGAAUUUGAUGAUAUUGUUGAUGUUGAUGAAGAGAAAAGACAACAAUGGAAUAAAGAACAAGACAUUGAUUUGAUCACCAGGGAAAGAUACGAUGUCCGUGGCAACGAUCUUGGCGUCGAGAAAUUUGUUAUACCAGUGGAUUAUACCGAUAUAAUAAUGAUGUUGCAUCCAUCUAACAGAGGGGAUUAA